AUGUUCGAAGAUGAUAAGGAUAGAAAGCUAAAGUAAGCAAAUGAUAAUGUGAAAUAUUUGGAAUCAUAGUUAACUCCAUUAGUUGAGAGUAACUCAAAAUUAAAGGAAAGCAUUCAUGCCUUACAAUACUAUAUGGAACAAAGGCGAUUAGAUUUUGCUCAAUUAUUAAGUUACAAAAAAGAGCGUCAUCUUCAAAUUAAUUUGAGUGAUAUGGUAGAUGUUUAUGAAUGGUUAAAGAAAGAUAUCGAGAAUUAUUUGGAACAGAUACAAGAAUUAGAAACUGAAAAUAAAAUGUUUAAAUUAUUUAUUUAACAACAAGAUGAGGAAACUAGAAAUGAGAUUGAAAAACUAAAUGCUACAAUCCUUAAGCAUGAGCAAACAAUAACAAAAUAAUUGGAAUAAUUCAAUUUAGAAUAAAAAAAGAAUUCAGAUCAUUAAAUAACACUAAAAUUAGAAUUCAAUAAAAAACUAGAAAACCAAGAAAUCAAAUUUAAAGAUUUAAUUCAAUUGAUUGAACUUGAAAAGGAUGAAAUUUCUAAAAAAUAUUAACAAUUAGAUGAUGAAUAUCAAUAGAAAUUAAAAAAAUAAAAGCAAGAAUUAGUUAAUUAAUUUGACAAAUAAGAAAGAUAAAACUAAACAGAAUUCUCGAAACAACUAAAAGAAUUAAAUGAUUAAAUUUAAAAAUUAGAUAUUAAAAAUCGACAACAUUUAACAGAAUUGUAAAAUAUAAAAUAAGACAAUGGACUCUUAGCUUAAUAAUGCUCAUAAUAAUAAAAAAACAUAACUAAAUUAAAUCGCUAAGUUGAAAAUUUAUUAUAAACUUUAAAGAGUAAUAGAGAUGAAAUUACAGCAUUAAAUUUAGAAAAAACUAAUCUUAUGAAUUUGAUAGAGUCCUUAAAAUAAUAGAUUGAAAAACUAAAUAAAAAAGAAAUCGAACUUUAAUAAUAUAUUAAGAAUUAGAGAGAUUAAUACGCUGAAUAGUAAACUAAAUUUGAAAAUCUAAUUUCUGAAUAAGAAACUACAAUUAAAGAGAAAAACUCUCAAAUAGGAAAAAAAGAGUUAUGCAUCAAAGAAUUAUCUGAUAUGAAUGUUAAGAUAGAUAAAACUUAUCAAGAAAGAUUAAACAAACAAAGAAUUAAAUAUGAAUAAUUGCUCUAUCCUAAUAAAUUGAUAAAUCCUGAUUAAUUAUUAUAUAAAGAAACAAUGAUUUAACAUGACGAUACGGCAAUUAAAGAUGUAAUUGAAGACUAUGAAUUGAUGCUUUCACAAUAUGGAAAUCAAUUAGAAAGUCAAACCAUUAAAUUGCAAGCUUUGGAAAAGUCAUUUUAAGAGAAAUUAAAUGCCUUAAAGUUAUAAUUUGAUUAAAAGGCUGCUAAAUUAGCCAAAGAUUAUGAAUAGAAAUUUUUAAGAGAAAGCAAGCAAUAAAAAUUAUAGAUCGAGGAACUCACUUUAUUAAAACAAAGGGAGUUAGAGGCAUAAAAAAUUAAAUAAAAUAAUGACUUGGAAAAACUCAAUGUUGAAUUUGAAAAUAAAACUUAACAUUAUGUGAUUUAAAUUCAAAACUUACAGAAUUAAGCUAACGAAGAUGCUAAAAUUAUUGAUUAAUUGAACUAAUUAAUCAUUUCAUUAUAAGAUAAUACUUAUGAACUAAAAAAGUCACAUGAAUAAUAAUUAGAGAUGCUUAGAAGCAAUCAUUCAAUUGGAAAAUAAUAAUUAACUGCAGCUUUCGAAGAAAGAUUUAAUAAAGUUAAUGAUGAAUUAAAAAAGCUGUAACUAGAAAAAGAAAGCUUCGAAAUAAUCAGGAUUUAAGAUCAAAAGGCAUUGAAUGAAGCGAAAAAGAAAAUUGAAUAGCAAUAAUCAACCAUAACACAAACUAAAGAAGAGUCUAAACAAUAAUAAUAGGUUAUAGGUGAAUAUGCUUACAUGAUGGAGCAGUAUUAGUAAUAAAUUUAGCGAUUAAAUGAAGUGAUCAAAUAAUUAUAAUAGGAAGUUGAAAAUUCAAAAUAAAUUUAUAAUAUCUUUAGAAAUUAACCCACUAUAAUGCAUAGAUAAUCUGAUGAUUCUCAUUAUAAAUCUGAUAUCAAGAAAGCAGCUAACACACAAUUUAAAUUUUCAAGAACAAAAUAAGUAACUAGGUAAUCUAAUAGGCCAGCUUUGCAUAAUACUUCAACGACCUUUAUUCUAUAAAAUGGAGGAGAGCAAUAACAAUUACCUAAAGUCAGAUCGAUCUCAACAAACUAAAUUAGAACAACUCCAAGACAUCACUCAUCCUAAGUAUGA